CUUCCGGCGUCCACCGCUUCAGAAGGCAAUAGCCGCCGCGAUCUAAGAUCCAAAGUUGGGGGUGUUGGGGGAAGUUAGGGUUCCAUCGAGAGAGGGAUGGAAACGGGUGAGGGGGCGGCGAUGCUGUUGCUGGAGGAGAGCGUCCAGCGCAUGGAGAAGCUAGCCAAGAGCAUGGAGGAGCUCGGCAGGCGCGUGAAGCGCACGGAGAAGCACUCCAGGCGCUUGGCGGAGGAACUUGCCAGGCGCGUGAAGCGCGCGGAGAGGCUCGCCUUGCGCAAGGAGAAGCACGCCAGGCGCUGGGCGGAGGAACUUGCCAGGCGCGUGAAGCGCGCGGAGAGGCUCGCCUUGCGCAAGGAGAAGCACGCCAGGCGCUCGGCGGAGGAACUCGCCAGGCGUGCGAAGAGCAUGGAGAGGCUCCCCUUGAACAAGAAGCACGGCAGGCGCUUGGCGGAGAAGCGCGCCAAGAUGGAGUUGCCAGCCACGAAGCAGUUCGCUGAGAAGGAGGAGAGCGUCAAGAUGGAGUUGCCAGCAACUGUGGAGUUCGCUGAGAUGGAGGAGAACCUCAAAAUGUGGCGAGCUAUGGGCGAGAUGGAGAUGGAGAUCGUGCGCGAGGAGCUGGAGCUGCAAGCCAGGCGCAUGGGCAAGCCCGUGGCGGAUGCCGGAUCUGAGGAGGGCAAGCCCGUGGCGGAUGCCGGAUCAAAGCAGGGCAAGCGGAAGAGGACGAGGAUGGUUAGGCUCAACCAGGCGCGCGUCGAAAGCGCGGUGCCGUUUCGCCGUCCCCCUUAUCCAGUACCUCCCAUGCCCGACUGGAUGCUUGCCCUUGCUCCGGAGGAGAUCCGCAAAGAAGAACUGGAAAUGCGUGCCUUCGUUGCUAAGAUCCAGGCGAUCGACGAGGACUUCUACACGCAGUACCGCCUCAAAGGGUACGUGGAAGUCAAGGUCACCGAAGAGGUCCCCGACGACGAGCCUGGGGUUCAGGAGUGAGUUUACUGUGCCUGGGUGGCUGGGGUACGGUUCAGAAAAGUGCCCCUACUGGUGGCUCUGAAUCACUCAGUUACCCUGAGUUUGCGUAUUACUAGUAUUGUGUCAGUUGAUCUAGUAUGAUGUAAUCCGGUUCUGAAAUCAUCAAUAACCUAAUGUUAUGUUAUCAUCGAUCAUUCAUACUGCACCUA